UUUUGGAUCUUUUUUUUCUUAAAUCUCAGAUUACCAUGGUAGGCGAUCUGAAACAUGGCCGCACUGUGCAUUCUCUGGCUAGACUUCUCACUCAGUACAGGAUCACCUUGCGCUACGUGGCCCCCAAGAACCUCAGCAUGCCUGCCGAAAUCAUUGAUUUUGUGGCCUCCAAAGGCAUUAAACAGGAGGAGUUUAACAGUAUUGAAGAAGCCCUUCCAGAGACUGACGUUCUGUACAUGACCAGAAUACAGAAGGAGCGAUUCGCCUCUGAAGAAGAGUACAAAGCGUGUUUCGGCCAGUUCAUCCUCACCCCACAUAUCAUGACUGGAGCCAAAAGGAAGAUGGUUGUUAUGCAUCCGCUUCCCAGAGUCAAUGAGAUCAGUGUGGAAGUGGACACGGAUCCUCGGGCUGCUUACUUUCGGCAGGCUGAGAACGGGAUGUAUAUUCGAAUGGCACUGCUGGCUACCGUGCUGGGUCGGUGAAGGGACCAUCAUAGUCUAUUCUUGGACAUUUGGCAUUAAAGGGAAAUAUUUUGUUAGCAACAUGUUGAUUCAAUGACUGGUGUUCAUUCUGUGUACUCUCCAUAUAGUUCCGGUAGGUGAGAUUUUCUGAGAUAAAGUACCCAGAUUUAUUGUACCUUUCAGUACUCACUGCAAUAAAAUUCCAUAUGUUGAGUAUUUGAUUUAAAACACGCACAUUAAAGCAACCACGGUGCAGUGUGGUUAAACUAGUUAAACAUCUUAAACAUCUUAAAUAUCUGAGAUAGUUGCAUUAAUUUAGCACUUGAAAGUAGUGGGUUGCUCAGUUUCUUCAUUUCACUUCAAAAUCAGCUCAAUUUAGCAAACAGUUCUACAAUAAACAAUUGUACUACUACAUCACUAACUGGUAUAGUAUUAAUGUAAAUGCUGUAUGUUUUUUUGUUGUUGUUGUUGUGCAUUUACAUGUGAUCAUGUUCAUUUGGACAUUCCAGUAGGGUAUCAGACUUUUGUAACUCAAUCUACUUUGUGCAAAUACUAGUGCAGAUACAGUAUGGUAGAAAGAUUCUUCAUCAUUACGGAGUAAAACUUUUGUAAUUGUAUUUUUAGACAAUAAAAACAAAAUGCAAUCUCA